ACAGCCCAUUGGCCGGUGGCCGCGAUACCGCGUCGGGAAAUCCGACUAUCUGAGCGGCCGGGUGAUAACGUGACGGCGGCGAACUGCGAACGCCGAACACCACUCGUGCGCGGCUUACCGCUGUGUGUGCGUACACAGUGCACACCACCGACCGCCACCUCAGCCAUCGUUCACAGUCUGUGAUAAAUGACGAAAUAAUCGACAGACAAACGAACAGCGGACAGACCUUACCUCGCCGGCCAGCCGACGGAAACACCGACACACCGUGACAGUGCCGUCUCGCUUGUCGUCGCGGACGAAACGUCAACACAAUUUGUCGAGCGAACUGACCGACACGACGAUCACCACCGUUGCAAGCAGUAGCAGUUGACCACCGCGCACACCGGCGAUCGCGACGCUAUCAUCGCACGGCAGUCAGCGGUCGUACGCGUAGUGGUAGUAGUAGUAACAGUAGACGGUAUUAUACUAUUAUAGUGUGAGCAGUCGAUAGUCGUAGUAGUAGUAGUGUUGACGGCGGCAGCUGUUGAGUGUUCAUGUACGUGUUGAACGUGUGUGACGUCGCGUGACCGACAACGACCGCGCGAUCCGACCCGCCGGACACGGCUAAGUCGGCGCAAACCAUUGCCGCUGGUGCUACGUAGCUACCGGUCGACGUCUAGCAGCGGCGGGCGCGCAGUAGUUGUUCUUCGACGGCGACAGACAACCCGACCGUCACGAUGACUCUGCAGGCCAUCAAGUACGAGAACGGCACGUUGGAAGUGCUCGAUCAACUGCUGUUGCCCAAAGAGUCCAAGUACAUACCCAUUUUGGGCGUCGAGGACGGAUGGAAGGUCAUCAACAAAAUGCAGGUACGCGGUGCUCCAGCCAUUGCCAUUGUUGGAUGUUUAAGUUUGGCUGUAGAAAUAUCAAAAGAAGAGUUUGAAAAAAAAAAGGCUCUUCGGCGAGAAGUUGAGGGUAAACUAAAUUAUUUAAUAUCUGCUAGACCUACUGCUGUAAAUAUGAAACAGGCAGCAGAUCAUUUAAUAUCUUAUAUAAACUCUUUGGAUAAUGAUGAAUCAAUUUCUGCACAAGAAAUGCAAGCUAGGUUUGUAGCAGCUAUAGAAGCAAUGUUAGAAAAAGAUAUAUCAGAUAAUAGAUCAAUAGGAGAAUUUGGAGCUAAAGCAAUUUUAAACAAUGUUACGGAUGGUGAACAAGUUCGUAUUUUAACGCAUUGCAAUACUGGUUCAUUAGCUACAGCAUAUUUUGGUACAGCAUUAGGUGUUGUACGUUGUCUACACUCUGCUUCAAGACUGGAAAAUUGUUAUUUUACGGAAACAAGGCCUUACAAUCAAGGCGCUAGAUUAACUGCUUAUGAAUUAGUUCAUGAUAAGAUACCAUCAACCCUGGUCUGUGAUAGUACUGUUGCUUAUUUAAUGAAGACUGCUCAGAUAAAUGCUGUUGUUGUUGGUGCUGAUAGGGUGGCAGCUAAUGGAGAUACUGCUAACAAAAUUGGGACCUAUCAAAUUGCUGUAGUUGCCAAGCAUCACGAAGUUCCAUUUUAUGUAGCUGCUCCAUUAACUUCAAUUGAUUUUAAUGUAAAUACUGGUGAUAAUAUAGUAAUUGAGGAAAGGCCUCAAGUGGAAAUGACUCAUAUAAAUAAUAUUAGAAUAGCUUCUCCAGGUGUAACUUGUUGGAAUCCAGCAUUUGAUGUAACACCAGCUCGACUGAUAACUGGAAUAAUCACUGAAAAGGGUGUUUUCCGACCGUCUGAACUCUCCACACUCCAGUCUCAAUUGCAAGAUCAUAAAAACUCACUUCCUCAACUGUAAUACAUACCUAAAUAUUAUAUCAUUGCACAAAUGCAUCGUACAACUUUUUUAUAAAAAAAAUAAAAUUAGGCUAUUUUUUAUAAUAUAUGUAUGCAAAAGCUACAUUCCUAAGCCAA